AUGGACUCAGCAACAGAACAGCUCCGAAUCUCAAACGCUCUUCUUUUAAUUGUUGGAGUUUCUGAUCGAGAUCUCGUUUCUCUUGUAUCGAACUGUUUGACUCGUUCGAAUGGCAAUGCGGGUCGAUUGAAUGAGCUUCUUCGAUUAGAAGGACAAUUUGAAGAUGAUGCAGCGUCGUCAUUAGCGUCCGUCUUGUUGGGGCUGCCCCUUCCAAAAGAUGAAGAAAAAGAAGAAAAAGAGCCAGAAAGGAAGCGACAGAGGGUGGAUCCUCCACCCGAACCUCAAUCGAUUUUAGACGAUCCGUUUCUUGCAGCAAAGGCAGGGCUGUUCGAGAAGAAGAAAGAUGAUCCUGUUUAUAUGGCGCAAUUGAGAGAAGAACACAGACGGAAAUAUUUGAGGGAGCGGGAGGAAAAGCAGCUCGAAUUGCAUGAGAAAUUGAUCGCAGAUCGUGAUUGGUUGUAUCAGGAGGAUAAAGGAAUGUUAACGAAAGCAGAGAGACGAGAUAUCGAACUUCACAAAGAAACCGUCCGACUUGCGAAAACAGUCCGAGAAGAGAGAAAGAUGAAAGGGUCACUUGACGCUUAUGUCAUGCCAGAAAGUUAUGAUGAAGACACAGAAAAGCGUCUUGCUGUUGUGCGACAACCAUGGAGGGAGAAUGCAGAGAGGGCGCAAGUAUUUCAGAGUGAGCAAUCACAACUUGAAGCAGAGAGAAUAUCUGAAGCGCAAAAACCAUCGAUUCUACAAGAAAAAGAAAGUCUCGCAGGAAGACAUCAAUUCGGGUUGGUGGAUGAGACUGGGGCAACAAUUGAAUUUGUAUGUGAGGAUACAAUGGCCGAAAUCAAGCCAGACGAUGAAGACGAUGAAGAAGCUGAUUACAAUUUAAGCCGAGCAGAAAGAGAAAAAAGAGCCCUGGAGAAACGAGAAACAAAGGCGAAAUCUCUUACGGAAGAGCGAACUCGGUUACCAGUCUAUCUGUAUAGGAAGGAGUUGUUGAAAGCUAUAAAGAAGUAUCCUGUUCUCAUUGUUGUUGGAGAAACGGGAAGUGGGAAGACGACACAAAUUCCACAAUAUUUGGAUGAAGUGGGAUAUUCAAAAGUUGGAAUCAUUGGAUGCACUCAACCGAGAAGAGUUGCUGCAAUGUCAGUUUCAGCGCGUGUUGCGCAAGAGAAGGGUGUCAAAUUGGGACAUGAGGUUGGAUAUUCGAUUCGGUUUGAAGAUUGCACUUCGGAUUCGACGAUUAUUAAGUAUAUGACAGAUGGCAUGUUAUUGAGAGAAUUUAUGACGGAUCCAUAUUUACUUUCCUAUUCUGUUAUGAUGGUUGAUGAAGCACAUGAACGCACGCUCCACACAGAUGUCCUUUUCGGUUUGGUCAAAGAUCUUUGUCGACUGCGCAAAGAUGAUUUCCGUCUCGUUAUUUCCUCUGCAACUCUUGAAGCGCAGAAGUUUUCAGAUUAUUUUGAUGACGCUCCGAUAUUCAAAAUUCCAGGUCGUCGUCACCCUGUGGCCCUCUACUAUACAAAAGCUCCAGAAGCGAAUUUCCUAGACGCUGCAGUUGCUGCAGUUGUUACCAUUCUUCAAAUUCAUCUCUCGCAACCGGUUGGAUCGGGAGAUAUUUUAGUGUUUCUUCCUGGGCAACAAGAAAUCGAGGAAGUGAUGGAAGAUCUUCGCUUACGAAUGAGAGGUCAAAUGACGGCCAUGCAUGAGCUUAUUAUUCUACCGAUUUAUAGCACAUUGCCAUCAGAACUUCAGGCCAAAAUUUUCGAUCCAACACCCAGGGGCGCAAGAAGAAAAGUUGUUCUAGCGACAAAUAUUGCAGAAACAUCAAUUACGAUCGAUAACAUUGUUUAUGUGAUAGAUCCAGGAUUUGUGAAGCAGAACACAUUCAAUCCAAAGACUGGAAUGGAAUCUCUUGUGAUUGUUCCUUGUAGUAAAGCCGCAGUAAAUCAGAGAGCUGGAAGAGCGGGAAGAGUCAAACCUGGAAAAUGCUUUCGUUUGUACACGAAGUGGUCUUAUGAAAAGGAGUUAGAAGAUUCAAAUAUCCCUGAAAUUUUACGAUCAAACCUCGGAAGUGUUGUUCUGUCAUUGAAGGCCUUAGAUAUUCAUGAUUUGAUUCACUUCGACUUUAUGGAUCCACCUCCAGCAGAAACUCUCAUCAAAGCGCUUGAGCUUCUCUAUGCGCUUGGAGCUCUAGGGAGUGACGGAGAAUUGACGAGAUUAGGGCGACGAAUGGCCGAAUUCCCAAUGGACCCAAUGUUCAGUAAAAUGAUUGUGAACGCACAGCAAUACGGCUGUGUCGAUGAAUGCGUUACAAUUGCUGCAAUGUUGAGUGUUGGAAAUGCGAUUUUUUAUCGACCAAAGGACCAAGAAAAAAGAAGCGGACAACGCACGGCGCAAUUUUUUUCCGUCCCUGGCGGGGAUCAUUUGACGCUUCUGAAUGUUUAUAAUGAAUGGGAGGAGCCGAAUAUAGCGAGCAGUUUUUGUAGAGAGAAUUUUAUUCAAUAUCGUUCGAUGAAACGUGCAAGAGACGUUCGAGACCAGUUGGUGGAUCUUUUGGAAAAAACGGAAGUCAAACAAUGUUCAUCCGGCGGUGAUUCCGAAUCUAUUAGAAAAGCAGUCACUUCUGGGUUCUUCUCUCACGCUGCUCGAUUAAAUCGCGAUGGAGGUUAUAGGACUCUGACGAACCCCCAUACGGUUCAGGUUCACCCACAGAGCUCAUUGUUUAUUGGAGAGCGGCCUGGACUUGUUGUUUAUAGCGAAUUAGUGUUCACGACGAAAGAGUUUAUGCGAAAUGUUAUAGAAGUUCAACCGGAGUGGUUGGCAUCAGUCGCUCCUCAUUAUUACAAGCAGGAGGAUCUUCUUAGCGAAACAAAAUUAGGAAUAAAGAAGCCAAAGUAG